AUGGAUGCCUAUUCAGGGUACAACCAGAUUCCCAUGUUUAAACUUGACGAGGAGGCCACAGCCUUUAUUACACAAAAGGUCACUUAUUGUUAUAAUAUGAUGUCGUUUGGCUUUAAGAACGCUGGAGCCACGUACCAACGUAUGAUGAAUAAAAUCUUCAGCCAACAGAUUGGCCAAAUGCUUGAGAUAUACAUUGAUGAUAUGAUCGUCAAAACAAUGACUACCUCACAACACCUUCAAGAUUUAGAGCAGGAUAGGGCGAACGAAGAUUGGACUAUUUUCGUUGAUGGCUCUUCCAAUGUUAAAGGAAGUGGCGCAGGAAUUAUUGUGGAAAGCCCUCAAGGCAUAACAGUGGAACAUUCAAUCCACUUUGGGUUCAAAGCUUCUAACAACCAAGCUGAAUAUGAAGCAAUCAUCGCUGGACUCGCAAUGGCAAAAGACUUGGGGGCAACAAGAGUAAUCCUCAAAAGUGAUUCGCAACUAAUAGUUGCGCAGGUACAAGGGACUUACCAGGCAAAAGAGGCCUUAAUGGUAAAAUAUCUUGAAAACAUAUGA